UUGUGCAAUGUUCGACUUCUCAGGCCUUGAAUCGCAUCAUGUGGAGUGAGCGGACGGCUCUGAUUGGGCGGUGUGUGCCCGGCGCAGAGCAUUGUGGGAAGAUGGAGGGCAACGUGGGGAGAUUGGAGGAAGAAGCCCUGAAGAGAAAGGAGAGACUGCGGGAGCUGAGGAAGAAGAGGUUACGAGAAGAUGGCGGCACAGACGGGGAUGGGAGCGAAAAUCAAGAAGAAAAACACUGGGAGCUGAAGCUGAGGAAUUACACCCCCCAGGACGAGGCCCUGAAGGGGCGGCAGAUAGCGCAGGCCAAGCCUGAGUCCGUGGAGGAGAAGGUGAAGGAGCAGCUGGAAGCAGCCAAGCCGGAGCCCAUCAUCGAGGAAGUGGAUUUGACUAAUCUCGCUCCUAGGAAACCAGACUGGGAUCUGAAGAGAGAUGUCGCCAAAAAAUUGGAGAAGCUGGAGAAGAGAACGCAGCGGGCAAUCGCAGAGCUAAUCCGAGAGCGAUUGAAGGGUCAGGAGGAGAACCUGGCCGGCGCGGUGGAGGCGGCAAAACAGGAGGACGAGGAUUCGGACUGAGCGACAGCGUCAGAGCCGGCGCAAAAUGACUGCUGUAUCUUCUGUUAAGGCGAGCUCUGGUGGAGGAGGGGUUAAUGUAACAUAACCUGAGACUGGAUCAUCACAUGAUGAGGAAGGGGCGGGACUUGUCUUACUGUUGUCCCUGGUGACGGGACACGUGGAGCGUCAGCCUCGCUGUAAGAAUGUUCUGUGCUGCGUCAGGCUGCAGGGACUUGUGUAUUGUAGCACGAGGUGAACGCAGCCGAGGUUUUUAUACCUGUAUAUGAUGAAUAGUGAUUUUGCUUUUUUCAAUUUAUUUUUUACAGUAAAUACAAAGUAAAAGGUAAAUUUAGAUU